AUGAACGACUCGAGGACCACGGCCGUCCACUCACAAAAGCGGCGUCGCAUCACACGCGCAUGCGACCGAUGCAGCGCUCGUAGCGUCAAGUGCAGAUUCCAACCCACAAGCCCUUACCGAUGCGACAACUGCCUGGAUUAUGGCGAGGAGUGUACCUUUGAUCGCCCCAUGCGCAAGCGAGGUGCAAGGCCCAGGGAAGCCAGGAGAUCACCAGCGGUUGCGAGUGACGCUGGUCAAUCUCCGCUUCCCGCCGCUUCUGCAACAAGGCAGCACGACGCGAUCCACCGCCGACCAGACAACACCGCCGACAAAAGCGACAAGAGCGAGGCAUGGAAGCCAGACUCGUUACCUAGCCAGGCAAUCGUCAUGGACCUGACAGAGAUCUACUUUGAAGUCGUCUACCCCGUCUUUCCCUUCUUCCACCAGCCGACUCUGCUACGCAACGUUGCGCGAGGAGAGUAUGCCAGCAGUCGUCCUCUUUUUGCCGCCGUCAUGGCGCUCUGCGCACUCUCGUCAGCUCGCGUCCGUGACGGCGCACUCUACACGGAGCGAUGGGAUACGCACUGGCUCCAAACGCCCUCUUGCGAGUACUUCCUCCAGAUCGCAGCUAACGCUAUCCCAAGCGAUGCGCCUUUGUCCCAGGAAUUCGACUACAUGCGGGCGUACGCCCUCCUAGCCAUCGCUUCCAUCCAGCUCGGAGAUCCACGCAAGAUGAACUACUACCUCUGCCUCUAUCACGGAUGUACAGCCGUGGCCUCGCUCCAUGAUGAGCGGAACUGGCCUCAGGGCAUCGGUUUUGUCGAGGUGGAGAUGCGCAGACGCCUGUUCUGGUCAACGUACACCUUGGAUGUCUUCUCCUCCAUCAUCUGGGGCGGCGUUGUCAAGAGCCGGGAGGCUUGCUAUAGCGUAAGGUACCCAAUCGAGUGCAAUGACGAGGCUUUCAGCGAUACCGUUGCCCCGGAGCCAGCAUCGUCCGAGGCAUCUUGUUGGCUCAGAGGCUGGAACUUCGUCACGGACCUCUAUCGAAAGCUGGAGCACACGGUGGAUUCCCUCGGCAAUCUGCGCGACUUGGCGCUGACACCGUCUGCGACCAAUGCAAUCGAGCCAUGCGCUUGCGUCACGGGCUCCGCGGUCCUCAGCAAUGCGAUGGAUCUCUACAACCAGCUGCCGCCCAUCUUCAAGGACAUCCAACCCAUCACGGGCAGGCUCAACACCGACCUGUUUGGCUUUCAAGCCGCCAACAUUGGCGCCACGUUGCAACUCGUGCGCAUGUCCGUCCUUGCAACCGAGCACUCCACCGUGAUCCAGAAGUGCGAAAUCGCCGGCGAAGUGAUUGAAAGCUUUGCACGUAUCCCCGUGGCGUACCUGCGCGCCAUCAGCACGCCUCUCCUGCAUCAUCUUGCUGGGAUCGGCACCAUCAUGGGCUCUGCAUUCGAGGAGGGCCUGACAGAAUCGUCGUAUCAGCGCGUUCGGUCGGUGCUCAUCGAUUUGGCGCAUCUGCUGGCCAAUCUGGAAGUGCACCUCUUUGCUAAAGCGGGCACGAGCGACAAGUUGCGAGGCCAGGUCGCAAGGAUCGAUGCGUUCAUGCACGUGCAGCGCUCGAUGGAAAGGACCGGGCCACAUGCUGAACAUUCACUCGACUCUUCGCGUGCUGCCAUGAGCAUCGACUUUAUGAACGGAGACGAGAUGCCUCAGAUCCACUUCCCUGCGGACCUGUUCGAUGACUGGGAUUGGAUCUUUGACGUGACAUAG